CGCACUAACCCGUGGUGCUUCUCAAAUCANUCACACAACUUAUAAAAAAAAAAAAAAAAAAAGACAAGAGAAAUCUUUUACUUCUGUUCUGUCUGUAGAUGCUUCUUCUUCUUCUUCUCUAGAAAAUAAAUAUCUCAACUGUCUUCGUGUGUUUUAUUUUUGUUUAAUCAACCAUGGCGGCUUCUUCUACUCUCUCAUCAUCACUACUACGUUCACCACCGGCGCUUCUUUCCGACCACCGCUCUUCUCCUCCGCCGUCCAUCAGAUGCUCUUUCUCUUCCUCUCCAGUUCUCAGAUCGUCUCGUUUGCGUUUUACUCAGGCGAAUUCGUCUCUCGUUGAGGUAUCCAUUGGGGGCGACAGAGACCCACCACCACCGUCAUCAUCUGGAUCGGGAGGAGACGACAAGGGAAUCGCAUUGCUCAAACUCAAAUUACUUAGUGCAGUUUCGGGAUUAAACAGAGGACUUGUGGCGAGUGUUGAUGAUUUACGAAAAGCUGAGGAAGCUGCUAAAGAACUUGAAACUGCUGGUGGACCUGUUGAUUUAACCGAUGGUCUUGAUAUACUCCAAGGGAAAUGGAGGUUGUUGUAUAGCAGCGCCUUCUCUUCUCGGUCUUUAGGUGGUAGCCGUCCUGGUUUACCCACUGGUCGUUUGAUCCCUGUUACUCUUGGUCAGGUGUUUCAACGGAUUGAUGUGUUUAGCAAAGACUUUGACAACAUAGCAGAGGUGGAACUAGGUGCUCCUUGGCCAUUUCCGCCAUUAGAAGCCACUGCUACAUUGGCUCACAAAUUUGAACUCUUAGGCACUUGCAAGAUCAAGAUAACAUUUGAGAAAACAACAGUGAAGACAUCAGGAAACUUAUCGCAGAUUCCUCCGUUUGAUAUCCCGAGGCUUCCCGAUAGUUUCAGGCCAUCGUCAAACCCUGGAACUGGAGAUUUUGAAGUCACCUAUGUUGAUGAUAGCAUGCGCAUAACUCGCGGGGACAGAGGUGAACUUAGGGUAUUUGUCAUUGCUUAAUUCUCAAGCGUUGACAUGUAAAAAGACCAACAAAAAACAAACUUUCUGCUUGUAGCAGCCUCAUGAGUUUUGUACAAAUCAUGUGAACAGAUAAAGUCAUAAAGAAGUAAGGAUUACAUAUGGAAAUGAGUGUCCUGUUACAGAUAAAGCUAUAUGAAUGACCUGCAUGGCGUAACCUAA